AUGGUCAGUACGGCCACACAGAAGAUCCUGCUUGUCGUGUCCAUCUUGCUGAUCUUGCUCGGACUUGGCUUGACCAUAGCUGGCGCUUUCAGCCCGGCAUGGCAAGUGGUCGAUAUUCGAGAGUUCCGAGCUGAACAUCAGGUAAUUGCUUUGUUUACAGUUGUUUUAAAGUGAGCGAAAGUAAUAUAAAGGCAGUGAAACACGUUAUGUGUUUGUUAUAGCAUUAUAACUUUGAGUUAUUACUUUUUCUGUACGAUGACUAUAUUUAAACUUAUUAUGAAUGAUUUAAUUUUUGUAUUAAUAUGACCUUGGUCUAUUUAGCACGGUUUGUGGUGGGACUGUAUCAGAGCAGAACGUCACGUCGUAGCUGUUGGAGACUUCUACGAUGAAACACCUCUUCAUUGUAUGUACAAGUUCGACCAGUCGGCCGAACUAGUCAUCGAUAACACUUUGAACAACAUCGAUGAAGAUGGUGCUGCUGGAGAAUCAGAGCAUCACAGAUUCUGGAUUUGGCACAAAAUCAUCCUGUUUUUCAUUAUUUUCAGUCAGAUUCUGGCUUCCAUUUCUAUUUGUACCGGAGCGUGUGCUCCUUGCUUCCGUCCGACAACUUUUGUUUUCACCAUUUCAUUGUUUGUUGCUUGUAAGUUACUUUUUGUUUAACAUGCUGGUUUCUAUGUAUUUUUUAAUCUGGUAUGUUGAACCAUAAUGUAAUAAUAUCACCUCUUCAGUGCUAUGUUCGUUGAUCGCCGACGGAGUAUUCUUUUUGGCCGCAAACCGUGUUGACAACCGAUUUGUACAAGGAAUGGUCGGUACAUACGAACAACAGAUCGGAUACGCAUUCUACGUGCACUUACUCGGCACUUUGUGCUGGGGUGGAGCCUUCUUGUGUGCCUUGUUAACCACGUACAAGUUCUUCUCGUCAAACGGCCAAAGGUGAGUCUCGGAUCGUGUCCCCGGUGUCUGUGUUCGCUUGACGCAUAAUCGUCUUUUAGCUAACGAGAUUUUUGUAUUUUAAAAAUGUUUUCGUGAAUCACACACCCGGCCUCUGCACCUCUAACAUUUCUAUGCCUAACACACUUGUUGAAACUGUUGAACUGAUCGCAUUUAAGAAGGCUAUUCGAACGCGACGAUGACUUGCGGUUGUCCGACACGGUAAAGUUGCGCGGUGACUGGCCAUCACAAAACUUUGGACAAAGCACCUUCAUCCCGGGCCAGAGAACGUUCCAUCUCCCAUCGAAUACACAAGUCUAAGAAAGGUCAGAGUUCUUCUUCUUCUACGUACUCGGAGCCCACGUCACCGUGCGGAAUUGGUCACGGUGAUGCGUGCUUCGAAUACUGAUUCUGUAGUUUCAUAUGCUUACUUCUUCUACGCAUUCAGUAGCAUCCACUCCAACUAAUAAACGUGAUUUCAGCGAAGAACGGUCGUUCCAAGAUCCUCGAUUCGAGCACCGUGACCCGCUUCUGGACGUUCAGCGAAGCGGCUACCGACCUCCAUAUCGUCCUUAUCGCGAGACCAGUGCAUGA